AGAACACAACACAACGCAAAGGCAGAACAGAAAAACACUUAGGUUUCAUAAGACAUACAGAAGGAGAUUUAAGAUAUACAUCUCUUUUCUAGCUUUCAUUUAUAGAAAAAAAAAGAAGAUAAAGGAUGAGUUUGUGGGGAGUGAUGGGAGCAGAAUGGGGAAUGGUAGAGAAAGGUUGGAGAAAAGGACCUUGGACUGCGGAAGAAGACCGUCUUUUGAUCGAUUAUGUUCGGCUUCACGGUGAAGGCCGAUGGAACUCUGUGGCGAAGCUCGCAGGGUUGAAGAGAAAUGGAAAAAGCUGUAGGUUAAGGUGGGUUAAUUACUUAAGACCAGACCUCAAGAGAGGACAAAUCACUCCUCAUGAAGAAACCAUUAUCCUUGAGUUACAUGCUAAGUGGGGCAACAGGUGGUCAACAAUUGCUCGUAGUUUACCGGGAAGAACAGACAACGAGAUCAAGAACUAUUGGAGAACCCAUUUCAAGAAGAAGACAAAAUCUCCAACUAACAAUGCGGAGAAGACGAAAAACAGAAUCUUGAAGAGGCAACAAUUUCAGCAGCUAAGACAGAUGGAGUUGCAGCAAGAACAACAGACGCUUCAAUUCAACCAAAUUGACAUGAAAAAGAUGAUGUCUUUACUAGACGAUGGCAAUAAUAACAACAGUUGUGAUAAUAACUUCAGUAGCAGUAGUAGCGGCAGAAGUGGCGAAGGCGGUGCCUUCUAUGUUCCUCAUCAGAUCACACACUCAACAAUAGUUUCUGGUUAUGACCCAAAUGGUAAUGGGUUUUUCCCGGUGCCAAUAUCUGAAGCUAAUGUCAACGAAGAUUACAAAGUUUGGGAUAGUUUAUGGAAUCUGGAUUUAGAAGGACAAGGAAGCUUUGGUGGUGGUGCUUGUGUCCCAAGGAAGAACUGUUUCCAGAACGUGUCUAUUCCCUUCUAUUAGCUUGAGUUUUUAAGUGUCUUACCUGGCGGAAAAUGAAAAAAAAAAUAAAACUUUCUGUCAAGUUAGGUCUACUUUUAGUUUGGUUUGGUUUUAUCUUUUCUGAUUUUGGAUUUAACAUAAGUAGUUCUGUUACCAGUGUGUGUGUGUGGAUGUUAUAAGAAGCUCAUUUGGGCAACGCCACGUUAACGAGUGAUGUAGAAGAAA